CUGGGAGUCACGUGGUUUUGCCCGGGCCAAUCAAACGUGGCGAUCCAGUCUGCGGUUUCUUGCAGAGCGCGGGGAGGACAGCACUCGUGUUACCGUCACAUCCACGUUUACCGGGAGAAUCCUACAUUUCUACAAAAAUGUCAGACGAGAAGGCAAAGGAGGGCGUGAAGACUGAAAAUGACCACAUCAACUUGAAAGUGGCGGGUCAGGAUGGAUCUGUGGUCCAGUUCAAAAUUAAAAGGCACACCCCCCUCAGCAAGCUGAUGAAGGCCUACUGCGAAAGACAGGGUUUAUCCAUAAGGCAAAUUAGGUUCAGGUUUGAUGGCCAGCCGAUCAAUGAAACGGACACACCUGCACAGCUGGAAAUGGAAGAUGAAGACACUAUCGAUGUAUUCCAGCAGCAGACGGGAGGAACCUGCUAGAGCUGAAGCACAUGUGGAUGAAACUUGUUUAUUUGUGCUCAUUUUCGCUUCCACUGCUGUUCAGGGCUGAAAUGGAAAAGGGGUUGGAAAUCAAAUUUGUUAAUAGCUCUCUCUCUUUUUUUUUUUUUUUUUUUUUUUUUUGGGGGGGGUUCUCUUUUUAAUCAUCCAAAGACCUAAUUCCCAUUUUUUGUAAUGUUGUCCCUGAACUAAGUUGCAAAUGACAGUUAGUAAAAAAAAAAUUUUUUCCCCUUUUGGAGAUUGUAUGCCUGUUGUAUACGUUUUUGUAUUAUGUACGUAUGUUUGCACCUCCCCCAUCUAUUUUUAUAUACAAGGAGGGAAGCUUUGUGAAAGAGGAUGUUUGUGACUUCUUAGUAUGGUCCCAGAAUUUCUUUAAUUGCGGUAAACAGCUAAACUUUAAGACAACCUUUUUAUGAAUAGUUACGAAUGGUGACGUUGCAGCAUUGUUUUUUUUUUCUGACACCUCAGGUUUGAUAAAGCUAGAUUGUGGUUGUGAUGCAUUUUUAAUUUUAAAAGCUUUGAUGCAUAUGUCUUUAAAAGUUUGCUGUUUGCUGUGAAUUUCAUGAUAUACAAACUAAGUGUUCCCCUUAAUUUUAUCGUCUCGUAGUUUGCCCUCUGCAAAUACGUCACAUAGUAACUUCACUCUCAUUUAGCCCUUCUGGCGUAUCAAGAGUAUUAAAAACUAUCCUGGUGUAAUUGCAACUCCACAGUGAAUUCAAGCCAAAUCAAUGUGUGAAUGUUGUAAUGGGAAUGGCGUGGUUUUUGAGAGAGCAGAGGAUCCUAUGUUUGCCAUUUACUACUGUAUAUAAUAAAUAUAGUUUGAUACUGA